GGGGGAUCAAUCCCCCCCUCAGUCCUAUCCAGGACUCCCAAGUGGCCAAGAGACUUUCAACUCCUGCUUCCUGUCAUACCCUUGUAGUCGCCGUUCCAAGUUUACGAGUGUAGCCUGUGCUUUGGCUGAUUUCUUCAACCUGCUGGAGUCUUUAAAGUUAAAGCGUAAAAAACCCUGCCACGGCGAGCAGGAGGCUGAAGCAGACUUCGGUAAAGAGUGGCUUCCUAGCAUGAACCAGUCUUGGGACAAGAACAUUUUUGAGAAUGGCCAAAGUAAACAGCAGGGAAAAGUGGACACGGCACCUUCGUACGACCAUCUCCAGAGUACUGGUUCAGGAGAUAAGUUUGAUAAGAAGGUGCCUCCUGUCAGCGGGGCACUAAGUGGAGCCAGCCAGAAUCUACUGCUUACUCCUGCAAGUCUGCAGCUGGCCCAGCUUCAGGCUCAGCUCACUCUGCAUCGCCUAAAACUGGCCCAGAGCAGCAACACUGCUGCUGCUGCCACAGUCCUCAAUCAAGUCCUCUCCAAUGUAGCCAUGUCCCAACCACUAUUUAACCAGCUUAGGGGCUCCAGCAUGCCCCAGGCCCCAGGACCAGGCUUUCCUUCCACACCCAUAUCUUUUCCCCCUCCUGGCACCCCAAUAGGCACCCUGGUAGGGGGUGCAUUCACCCAGAACCAUGCUGGGAUCCAGAUGAAUCACUAUGGAGGAGGUGGAAACAUGAGCCAUAAUGCCAGCUCACAUGGGGAAAGUGGAAAUAAGGCCAGCAAAUUUCAGGCAGGGUUUCUAGGAGGAACCACAGCAGGGCCUAUUAAAGCAGGUGAAGGAGGACACUCUGGAGGCACCGGCGGUCCCAAAACCAACAGCCAAAAUAACUACCAGAGAGACUUCUACUCCUCUGAGAGUCAAAUCUUGGACUCUGGGCAUACGGAACAAUGGAAAAACCUGACCGGCUAUGGCAUCUCGGGUAAACUGGAAGUGGGGACAGGUGCUGGGGGCAGCACAUGGGCACCGUCAACACACGGAUUUAUUGGCCCACGAGUGGAACUGUACAAUCCCGAGGAGCCGACUGCUGACCCCAAAUUCAGCCCGGCAGGAGGCCUUGGUUUUAACAGUGCCUGUGGUCAACAGGGGUUUGUGGGAUACCCACAGCAACAGAAGUGUGAGGAGGGGGUGGGCAUGACUCUACAAGCGCACCAGAUCAACGACUAUCAUGGUGUCACACCAUCGCACCUACCCCAUCAGUGCACCAUUUGUGAAAAGAAGGUUUACAACUUGAAGGAUUGGGACCAGCAUGUGAAGGGCAAGCUGCAUAUACAGAAUCGCUCACUGUACACCGACGGCCAGGCACUUGGAGCCCUGCACUUUCCUGUCACGUCGGAAGGAUGCCGCGGCUCAGCGUUGAAUAACAACACUGUGGCGUACUCGUCCGCAGCUGGCCAAGAUGUUUCACCCGGAGGCUCCACUUUUUUACAAGCUGCACCUAUGAAGUCAUUUCCUCUUUCAGGGGCGGGAUUUACCUCACACCAACCAGGGACAAAGUUUGUGCCACGGAAGCCUGGUCCCGGGCGCGUCGUCCACAUCUGUAACCUCCCUGAGGGCAGCUGCACCGAGAACGAUGUCAUUAACCUCGGCUUGCCCUUCGGCAAAGUCACCAACUACAUCCUCAUGCGCUCCACACACCAGGCUUUCGUGGAGAUGGCGUAUGUGGAGGCGGCCCAGGCCAUGGUGCAGUACUACCAGCUCCAUCCGGCCACCAUCAACGACCAGAAGCUCCUCAUCCGCAUGUCCAAGAGAUACAAGGAGCUGCAGCUGAAGAAACCUGGUAAAGACGUGGAGUCCAUCAUCCAGGACAUCAACUCUCAGAGGGAGAGAGAGGAGCUGCAUGACAUGGACAGAUAUCCACCGGAGCGUGCACGUUCACGCAGCCCCAUCACUCGCUCCCUGACUCCGCCUUCACACAGCCCCAGUUUCACAUCAUGCAGCUCCACUCACAGCCCCCAGGCGACGCCCUGGAUGAACGGCGUCGGUCCACGGCGAGGGUCGUGGGACUGGACGCAGCGCGAGAGAGACGAGUGGCGAAACGGCGAUGACGAGCGCAGGAAGUCCUACCUUAAACUGCCAGACGAGCGCAGCAGGGACCGCUAUUUCUCCUCCCAUCAUCCCGCCGACGACUUCUAUAAGAAGGAAAAGCUGCCACGCGUGUCUCAGCACCAGAGACACGAGGCCAAGUUCAAGAGGCGAGACGGAGGCGCAGAUCAUCACAGGAGCAGACGUUCAGAAUCCGAGCUCCCGGAGGACGGACGAAGCAGGAGGACGAGCAGGAGGCACGAGAGGGAGGAUAGAGAGGCAAACGAUCACAAAGAGUCUACAGAGCACAAAGCCAAAGAGAGAUCAUCGUCUCCGCACAGCAGCAAACCUACAGAGCCGAGCGAGGGCGAGCGAGACAGAGAGAGUGAGGUGGAGUGUGCAAGUGGGGAGGACACCGAGGGUGAGUGCUGGUACCCUAACAGCAUGGAGGAGCUGGUGACAGUUGAUGAGGUGGGAGAAGAAGAUGACUCCAUCAUCGAGCCCGAUCUCCCCGAGCUGCAAGAGGAGGAACGUGAGGAAGAAUGUGAGGAAGAGGCGAAGGAAGAUGUGGAGCGCAUGGAAAAGAAGGAGCCUACGCCGGCAAAGGUGGACAAACAGGACUUGUCGACACCGGACGCUGCAACAGAAGAAACUUUAAGGUCUGUUCAGCCGGACUGCCCCGAAGCUCCGCCCUCUCACGUCUCCAUCUUCCACUCUCCAGAGUUUAAAAGCGCACCGGAGGAGACGGCAGAGCCGUGCGUACCACCGACAAGCGUGACCGACGUCGCCGAGACUCACGUCGCCACGGCGCUCACGACCAUCAAGAGCAUAUGUGAGACAGAAAAAACCACAGACACACACACUGUCUGUGACAGGGGCAGGACGGCCGAGACCGAGAAGACAGAGACGCACCAUGUGGACGAGAACCCAAAAAGAGAGACGGUUCCUCAGAGCUCGCAGCCUGCGAGUUCGCCACAGGGGAUUGGCAUCAAAGCUCUGUCGCCUUCACAAGAACAGGAGAAGAUCAUCAGUGAACACAGCAUCCCAUUAGGUGUGGAGUUCAUCGUCCCCAGCACAGGCUUCUACUGCAAACUCUGCAGCCUUUUCUACACCAGUGAGGACAUGGCCAAGACCACACACUGCCGGAGCACCGUUCACUACCGCAACCUGCAGAAGUACCUGUCUCAGCUGGCCGAGGAAAGUCUCCUGCACUUCCGUUCAGACGCAGAGUGAAAACGAGACGACGCGGAGAACCGAACCAGGCCAGAGAGGGCAGAGAAAGGAUGUGUGUAUGAGAGAACAACGCUGGGCCGUGCAGUCGUCCUGCACGUUAAAAACACACACACGUGACAAUACAAACACAGGGAGACGUUCUGCACAUCGGAGAUCCGUCUUAUUACCUAUUCGCACGUGAUUUACUGCCGAAGAAGCGCCGUGGAGCAACGUACCGCACAUUUAAAGCAAAUAUCGCCCCGAUGCCGUCACAAUUCAAUUAAACCGCCGAAGACGAGCGACGAGGCUUCCGGCACUUUUUAAACCUGAUUUCAGAAACCGAGCACGUUUCCGUCACCUGCUGAAGAAGAGCGACAUCAUUCAUCUUUUUUUUUUUUAAACUUACUGGCUCUUUUUUUCUGAUUUUUCUGAAUUCCGUAUAAAACAUUUGGUUGGAAACAGCACCGAACCUGAGUGAAGCGCUGCUGGAGAAACACAGUUCACAGACCAGAGCCUGAUCUCCAAUGUGUAAAUUGUUGUAAUGUGUAAGUUAAGAAGCGGUCGAUUCUCCGUCACCUUCGCACCAUAAGCGAUGGUGGAAAACCGGGUGUGAU